GUUCAACAUCUUCUAAGGAGCUUCUUCUUCUUGUAUUGGAGUGUUGGAGAUGUUGUUGACGCUCAACUCGUUCCUACGGGAGAUCCCCGCCAGAGGCUGGAUGCUCGACUUUGAGGAAUUCGACUUGGUCGAGCUCGAGACAGGCGAGGUUUCGGAGACAGGCGAAAGCGACGAGGUGGGGCAGCAAGUCCGUAGCGACAUGCCGAAGAACGACUGUCAAGAACAGACAGGUACGAGUAGACCUCUGCUGUCUCCAAAGCGGUGGACGACGCAGGAGCGAGAAUCGCAACUGCCAGCAGUACGAGUCGCACUUGGUUUCAACCCGUGGUAGAUCCCGACGGGGUGGUCUUGCUGCCUCUCCGCAACCUCGUUCCACGAACUUGCAGUAGUUCAUCAUUUCCCAUCUGGAGACAGAUGUGCACGAAUUUAGGCUGGUGGAUUGAAAAUUCCUUGGAGCUUGCGCAAAUUCUGGCGGAAGUGCCGCUCUCUGCUCGAAUCAUGCUCAAGAUCCGCGCAAUCAAAAAGAGGCUCCGACUCUUGGACCGUCGAGCGUCAUUAGGGCUAGCACGUAGCCACCACGAAGACGUUUGCAGAUGGAAGAAGAAAAAGCAUUCAGGGCAUCCGGAGGCGUGGACACAUCAUAAGAAAAUGCCCUCUAUCUUCAGGGCAUUGAGGUCUUGCGUGGAGUCCUGCGGUUCAUCCUUGUCGGGCUCAGACGUUGACGCUAUGUACAUAACAUCCCCAAACGUCACACUCAAGAAAUAGGAGAAUGAGCUAUGUAGCUUCCCCAGAUACUGACAUGUCAGAUACUGGUAAAUAUCUUUAUCAUUGAUUCACGACUCUACUUUCAGUAAUAGGAUUGAUGCUUAUUUGCAAAUCAUGUAAUGUCAUCGUGAACUUUAGCAAUAUGGUGACAAAUAUCUUAUUCCUAAACUUAUUUAUGAUCUCCUCUGGUGCAUGCGAGCAUUCGAUCUGUUUUCAUUUGUAUUUUUCUUUUAAUUAUGUAAUCGUUAGCCCGGAUUUACCAACACAAUUUUGAAAUGAAAACCGGGUUAUAUCUAACGCUGAACAUCAUCGCUCAUCGCCGUGUUGAAAACCUCAAUCGAUUCAAAGAAUAGCAAUAUCCAUGUCCAUACUUUCAUUACUAUUCAGUGUCAGUCGCUCGACUGUCGCUUUUCUGCUUUUGCUUUCCAAACGUGGUUGUUGCGAUAAGUAACAAGUCAAUAAUAUUCAAGAAAAUGGAAUCUAUUUGAUAGAUGCACUCAUUGAGACAAACUAAAUGAACUAUCCUCUGGGUCUGAAAAAUAUGAAUUCCAGUGAUAAACUCUUUUUGUUUCUGCUAAGAGAAAGUAAUGUACGGAUGUCCUUUCUAGUAUGGUAGAACUUUUUUUGCUAAUUCGUGAUUUCAAUGUCUACUUCAUUCACGACAGAUUUUAUUCAAGAUUAUUCUAGAUCAAAGGACAUCAACUAGUUCUAGUAGGGGAGAGUACAAGGUUUUUUUCGUCGAUUUAUGAAAAAUUAAUAACGACAAAAUCGCG